GAGACGAAGAGGAAGCAGGCUGUGUUUACAUCAGGUUUACACAUGGCAGAGAUGAGAGGACAGGAUGCAGAGACACCAAUAGAUUGAGCAAUAAAAUAAAUAGCAUGGCACGAAAACGUUUAUCAACGGAGGACCCUGUCAGCAAGCUGCUGGAAGAUACUUUCAGCGACGAAGACGACGACGGAGACUCAGCUCCUGAUAGUUUCUCAAGCGGGGUAGAAGAGGAUUUUGAAGAAGGCGAUGAUCUAUUUGAGGACAUGCCCCCCUUUUGCCGCCAUAACAGCUCUGACUUGUCGAGGCAUGGACUCCACAAGACUUCUGAAGGUGUGCUGUGGUAUGUGGCACCUGGACGUUAGCAGCAAAUCUUUAAGUUCUGUAAGUUUUGUAAAGAAGAAAAACCCAUCCACAUCCCAGCCAUUAUCCUGCUGAAAGAUGUUGCCAUGAGGGAAUACUGUUUCCAUCAAAGACUGUACUUGGUCUGCAACAAUGUCAAGAUCUGAUGGAGACUACAUACCCUCCACUUCAUGUAGACAGUCCUGUUCUACUCCACUAUCAUCCUCUUCACAACAGCAAGCAAGCAAAUCAGUGUCAGAGCCCGAACAGACAAAUGAAGGUGAUCGCUGCCAUGUAACACCAUCUAAAUCCCCAUCCACUCGCAAACAAGGACGUGGAAGACCGACCGCAGCAUCACAUCAAGCACCUCGACUUUCUGCUGCUGGGUGGCAGACAGAACAACAACCAGAUGCAUUGCCUGAGCCCCUCCCAGGCUUUUGCCCUGCUCGGUCACCUGGAGUACAAGUAUCUUGGUUAUCAGACGAGCCCAGCCCCUCUGAGCUGUUCAAAACAUUUUUUGAUGAAAAGUCUGUCAGGAUCAUCUGUAAAAACACAAACAAACAGGCCAAGAAGAACAUUGAUAAAGGAAAGAAAUUCAACGUGACAUCAGUCACGUUGAUUUCUUCAAAUUUGUGGGACUCCUCUUUUAUAUGGCAGUCUUAAAACUGCCACAAGUGCAACAGUACUGGAGACAGAGUUCAUUUUUCAGUGUCCUGUCUCCAGCCUUAGUGAUGUCCAGAAACACUUUCCAGGUGAUAUCAUGGAACCUGCACUUGAGUGAUCCAGAUGAAGAUGCAGAAAAUGACAAGAAAAAGGGCACACCUGAAUAUGACCCCUUGCACCGACUCAGGCCAUUAUAUGACCAUUUACGGAAUGCAUGUAAGGCAUUUUACCAUCCCCGUCAAAAUGUCUCAAUCGAUGAACGAAUGGUCACUACAAAAGCUAAAACUGGAAUGCGUCAGUGCAUCAAAAAUAAACCCAACAAGUAUGGCUUAAAGCUGUUUGUGAUGGCGGAUUUCAGCAACGGUUACACCAGUGAUUUUUCAGUCUAUACAGGCAGAUACCACAAUUCAUCUGGACAUGGACUUACAUAUGACACUGUUAUAGGUUUGAUGAGUCAAAAAUACCUUGGAAGUGGUUAUCACCUGUACUGUGAUAACUACUACACAAGUCCAAAGCUCUUCAUGGAGCUUUGUACUUUGAAAGUCCGUGCAUGUGGCACAUACAGAGACAACAGGAGAGAAUCCCGGACUAAAAAAAAGGACAGCAGAGGAACAAUAAGGUGGAUGAGAAAUGGACCGCUGCUUUUCGUAAAGUGGAUGGACUCUAAACAGCUGUCUAUGUGCUCCACAAUUCACACUGUGUACUCAGGUGAAAUUGCGAAAAGACAUGUGAAAGAGAAAGAUGGACAAUGGAGGAUCCAAAACAUCCCCAUGCCAACCCCAGUGGCAGAAUACAAUAAGUACAUGGGCGGUGUAGAUCUAUCAGACCAGCGGAUCCAGUAUUAUUCAGUGCACCAUAAGACAAUGAGGUGGUACAGAUUAUUAUUUCAACACUUCAUAGACAUUGCAGCCGCAAACUCCUACAUCCUUCACAAAGAACUGAGUCAGAAGAAACAGAAACAACCUAUGACUCACUUGGAGUUCAUGGAGACCCUCACUGCUGAACUUUGUGGCUUGGAUAUACCUGUUCCACCAUCCAGACAAGCUACACCAGACACACGUUCCAAAUGUGCCCUACAAUCCAAACCAGGUGCACCACCCAAACAACACCCGCCUCCCACACCAGGCACACCACCCAAACCACGCCCGCCACCCAUACCAGCGGCACAACCCAAACCAGGUGUGCCACCCACAUCAGUCAAAUUUGUCCUACGGACCUGCACCCCUGUGGCUAUAAAGCCAGAUGCAGAGAAGUCAAAAAAGGCCACAGAUGGAAGACUGUCCUGUGUACACUGCAAAAAAAAGACUGCGUGGAAGUGUAGAAACUGUGGUGUGUCACUGUGCGUGAUUUUAGACAGGAACUGUUUUGCCGACUGGCAUGAUGCUGGUCCCUCUGCAUAAUGAAGUGGCAGUUCAUGUGCAGAGUGGUGUACAUACAAUGCAUUCAGGAAGUCUUCAGAAUACUUUUUUCAUAUUUUGUUAUGUUGCAGCCUUAAAGUUAUAAUCCAUAACUUUUCCUCAUUAAAAUGUCAAAAAAUGACUAGACCUGUUUUAUAUAUAUCUUUGAGUUACAGGAAACAAACGUUUCCCUUUUAAUACAGCAAUGCUUUGUCUUAUUUGGUCAACUUAUAUCCCCUAUGCGCAUGGGUCGGCGUUGGUAGUUGCCUGCCAGAGGCUCAACAUUGACUUUUUUUUUUAUCUAGUUUUACACCACAUGCACUUUUUACACCUUGGUGGAUUUGACCUCUAUAUUUUAACCAGGAUUUUAGUCAUUGGAUGUCUGGGUCUGAAGUUUUCAGAGAAACAAGUUGAGGAAAUGUUAGACAGCUCAGCUCCCAGCUGCUGGAGACGUCCUGUCCCAUGUCCACUGAAGCGCGUCAGCAAAUCACUGAUUUAAAAAAAAAAAAAACUGCUUUAUAAGUUUACCAGUUUUAAUCCCCCAUUCCGUUUGUUAUGGAGAGAACGAGAUAAUUCGGCUGCCGGUAAAAACCUGGUGAAUGUCUGGUUCAUAAAUUAUUAAAGAAACAAAGGUCAGCAGUCUCAGUUUCCAGCCACUACUAGAGGUAAUGUGACCUCUGCCAAGUGUUGUGUAUCACAGAUUUUUUUGUUAUUUUUGGGGCAGUUUUGCCUUCAGAUUCUGAUCACUACAGUGAGAGAGACAGGAAGGUCGGGAGAGAGAGGGGAUGACAUGUAGACCACAGGUCGGACUGGAACCUGGAUCGCUGGUCUACCACAAAGUACUAAAGUAAGUUAAAGUGAAACUGUUUAAUGGAUGUUUCUACUGGUUUUAAUCCCCUUCUCUGUUUGUUAAUAUGGCUACUGGUAAAAACUUCUUCAAAGUCUGGUUAAUAAGUUAUCAGAGAAUCUUAACCCUUUAAUUGAGAGACCCCUAGAGGCAGAAGUUAGACUUUGAGUUAAAGCAAAAAUAAAAAGGGAAAUAUUCCCUCAUUAAUCUACACUCAGUAUCUCAUAUUGACAAAGAGAAAACAGUUUUAGAUUUUGUUUGUUUUUUACAGAUUUAUUAAAAAGUAAAAACUGAAAUAUUACAUUGACAUAAGUAUACAGACACUUGAAAUGUAUCUAUGGUGAAAUGAUCAACAUUCAUUAAAAUUGAACAAGUCUCACACCA